GCCUUCGCCAAACACAAAACGACGCACCGUUUUCCAGUCUGAGUUCUGCUGAGCGCAACGAAGUCGGUUUAGACGUCAUAUCGAUAAAAGUUCCAUAGGAAAAAUGCCGGGUGCAACUUUUUUACACGAAAUUGGCUGGGAUGAAGGUUUUGCCAUACCGGUGGCAAAUGCAGAGAACAAGGCUUUGGAAGACGAGCUUCUAAGGAAACAAAAAGAAAAAUCAGACCUGGACGGCAAACUCUGCACACACAGAGAUAAGAUUCAAGCGAUGGGUGAACAUCUGAAAAAUGUGAGACAGGAGCUAUCUCACACUCAGGCCCUUUCCAAGGCCAAAGAGAAGGAGACCGAGUCCGAGGUUCAUUUCAAGGCCCUGGCUGAACGGGAGAUGGGCAGACUGCAGCAGGAGAUCUCCAAGCUGGAGAGGGAGUUGGGAGCAAUGAGAGACAAGAAGAAUACACAGGAGAACAACAUCUUCAAAGCUUCCCAGAAGUUAGAUGAACUUAAGAGCCAGAUGAACUGGGACCAGAAGGCUCUCGAUGCUUGGCUGGAGGAGUCGGCGCGCAAAGAUGAGGACACCAUGGUUAUCGUCAAGUACGCCCAACAGGAUGAGAGCAGAAUCCGGGAACUGACAGUUCGCAUGGAGAAGAUGACCAUCGAGGCCAGCCAGAAGCGCAGAGCCCUUGACAACGAGCUGACGGAGACGAUCACGGCACAGAUAGGGCUGGACAGUACUGCUGAAAACUUCCGUCAAGCCCAUGCAGAGAGGCAGGAGCUCAUUCGACAGUGGGAGAGCACCAUUGAGCAGAUGAGAAGGAGGGACCGUGAGAUGGAGCAGUACACAUUGCUACUCGCCCAGGUGAACCAGGAGGUGAGAGAGAAGGAGGCCACAAUAAAGGAAAAGAAGAACUUUCUGGACAGGGAGGUGGAGAACAACAGGGAGCUUGAGAGGAAGAUUGCAGCCGCAGAGCGACUGGCCUCAAAGCUUAGGCAGGAAUUGCAGGAAAAGGAGAGCAACCGUGUCAGGCUGCAGGAUGAGCUGGAGAGCCUAAGGUUUAGUGUGGAUGGAGCAGCUACAGAAGUGCAGGCGAAGAGAUCCCAGCUGUCCAGCAUGAAAAAAGACAUCGUGGAGAAAAGCAACAAGGUCAAGGCAGCCCAGGCCUCCAACGCCACCCUGCAGGAGAAGCUGCAGUGUAUAACAGAGACAGCCGUGAGUGUAGAGGAGAGGGCUGUGCAGAUGGAGCAGACGCUGAAGGAGAAUGAGCAGGCCGUUAAGGAAACAGAUUCUCUGCUGCUCCACCACCGGGAGGCGCUGUUCAAGAAGACCCAGGAGCUGGAGGCCCUGAAAGCCCGAGAGACGGAAACAAAAGCGGAGAUUACAGGGUGCAGAGCGUCACUGUCCAACCUCAACAGCCGGUUGAACAAGAUGGACCAGACUUCCCUCAAGCAACAAAAAAUUAUUUACAACCAGGACUUCCAGAUCCAGCAGCUGGAGAGGAAGAUUUCUCGCCUGAAGGGGGAGGUGACAGGGGAGGAAAAGUGGGUGCUGGAGGCCAAAGUGUCUGACCUGUCCGAAGCUUUGGAGGAGAAGAGGACAACGUCCAGCAUGCUGAUGCUACAGCUGAAAAGACUGCAGGACAACAUUCGGUGCAUGCAAAAGGAGAUGGAGAAGACAGGAGUGGAGAAGUCAGACCUGACCACGAAGAUCGAGGAGCUAGACCUCUUCAAUGAUACCUCAGACAAAGAACUGAAGAAGCUCAAUCAGAAAAAGCAGGAUGCCAUGGUGGAGGACAACAUCCUGAAGCUAGAGACGAAACGCCUGCGGGACCUGCUGUACAAUAAGGCCGACAGCGUCCUCUCCCUGGAGAAGCAGAGGCUGUGGCUGCAGGCGGUCAUGAGCGAGCGGGAGGAGGAGCUUAAGCUUCACCGUGAGAUGAUCUGCAAGCAGGUCAGGUUGGCCGAGCAGGAGCAGCAGGCCCUCAGUGUCGAAGUCCAUGAAAGACUCUUCAAGAUUGACAAGAUGAAAAAGAGGUAUGAGAUACUGACUGUGUCUAUGGCUGCCCCUGAGGGUGAGGAGGAGAGGUCUCAAGCUUACUACAUCAUCAAGGCUGCACAGGAGAAGGAAGAGGUCCAGCGUAAGGGGGACGAUCUGGAUGCUAAAAUCGGCAAGGCAGAGAAGGAGAUCCAGGCUCUGGAGAACACCCUGCAUGUGGUCAACAGCCGCAAUACCACUUACCGGAAAUCAUUCCACAAAGUAGAGGAGUCAAGUGAGGAAUAUCAGGAGAAGCUCAGACUAGAGGAGCAAAAGAGAGCUGUAGAGGAAAGGUAUAAACAUAAAAGAAGGCAAAUGAAAGAACUACAGGAUGACAUUCAGAAUAUGAAGAAUACUCUUGAAAUCCUGAAUCAUGAUGAAGCGGCACAAAGUCAAAGGACAGAAGAGACCCGUUCUCAGCUCCUCAUACUGAAUAAAGAGCUGAGCUUGCAGAAGGAGAAGCUGGACAGAGUGAAGAAACAGUGCUCAAAACUGACCAGGGAGAUUCAGUCUGCCAGGAAGACCAAGGAGGAAUCCUCGGAAGAGCGAGACAUCAAUCUCCGGGAGCUGAGGGACUUCAACAGGACAGUGAAUAAGAUGCUGCUGGAAGCGAUGCAGGGACAUCCAGACCUGAGAGAUGCCAUUGAUAUGUACUUUCAGCAGGCCAGUCUGCCCCUGCCCUCUCCCACCCCUACCCUAGAGAGCGGGACCAGCUCAAAGCCUUCCUCUGGCCGCAGCUCAGCUUCCUCACUCCGCUGGUCAGCGGGCUCUUCAAGCAGCAGAGGUUCCUCCUCUGUGCAAGCGGCCCCGCCUCCCGCCGUAAGAACCGUGGACCUGGGCAUGGGUCUCUCGGUGACGUCCGCACCUGGUGUCACACCAUCCCCACGGGAUUCCAGGCCCGGGAGCGGCGCUAGUGGCAGCAGCAGAAGCGGCGGAAGUGUCCAGAGCCAGAAGGUCCAGUGGAAGAGCCCAUAGAGUCGCUGUGACACACUUAAGGUUGCAGACAUUGGCUCACUGAGGGAUUUUUACCUAAGAUUUACAUUACAUUGAAAUAUGUGUGAUUUACCAGCUCAUAAGUGGUUAAACAAAUUCAGCUGUGACACACUGACUGGUGCUAAAAAACAGUGGAAUAAUAUCACUCCUUGUCAGUCAGAUAGCUAUAAUGUACUUUUAAUAAAUGUGCUUGAAUGGAAAUAGAUAUAUGAUCAGCACAGUUAUGUACUAGGGCUCAGGCCUUGCAACAGCCAAUACUGUAACAACAGACAAUAAUGCAAUAGCUGCCAAUAACUGAUUAAUGUUUCCUUUCUUAAUGUGAUAUGUCAAUAAUGGGUAACGCUUUACAUUACUCCACCUUCAUAAUGCUUUUAUAUCACAUAAAACGUUCAGUAUACCUUCAUAAUGUAUUCAUUAAGUAUCCAUAAAUCAUUCAUAAACAUAAUAACAAACAUUAUAAUUGUAUAAUCAUGUAAUGUUUGUUAUUAAUGUAUAUUAAAGCUGUUAAGGGAUGUUAGGAUGUUAAGGUGUAUUUGCAUGCUACUUAUAAAUGUUCUAUGAAUGCAUUAUGGAUGCAUUAUGAAGGUGCACUGAAUGUAAAGCGUUACCCAAUAAUGUAAUGACUGGCCAAUAAUUUAAUACAAUUACUGAACCAAUAAUGUAAUAACUUUUCUUACAUUAGGAAUGGAAAAAUUUAUUAUGUUACUGGCGUAUUAUUACAUUACUGGUAAUUAUUACAUAAUUGGCUGCUACAGACUAUGCUGGAAUGUCCCCAUUCAGACUCUCCUCUGUUUGCAUCUAUCUAUCUAUCUAUCUAUCUAUCUAUCUAUCUAGGCUUGUUUUACAUUCUGUCACUUACUCCAUACAUCCACCCAUCCGUCUUUCUGUAUCCACUUCUCCUAUGCAGAGUCACGGGGUUCCAUAGCCUAUACCUGAAGCUACAGGUACAUGGCAGGGAAUAACCCAGAUCAGGGCCCCACCCCAUUGCAGGGCACACACACCACUCACACACACAUCCACACAAUUUGGCAAAUACAAUUCACUUUAGGGGAAACCCCACAAUGACACGGGGAGAACAUGGAAACUCCACACAUAUGAAGGCAGGACUGAGACUCAAACCCUAGUUAAAUAAAUAAAUUUAAGAUGACAUAUCUGUAGCGAUAUACAAGUAGUUAUUGUUUUAACUUAUUUCCUAAGUGCCUUAGAUGCCACAGGGAGAGUGACUGCAGAAGCUGUUUCUGACUGGCUCCAGUCAUACACACAUGUCCCGUCGGGUGAGUUUUCAACGACAUAGUGGAGAGACAGUCUUGGCUUUAUCAGUCACUGUCUCUAGUGUUGGCGUGUUUUACUGGGAAUUCAAAAUGUUUCCAAACCGCCAAUUUUGACUGACUGCAGCCAGCAUUAGCCUUAGCCAACUGACAGCCACAAUCAUCAUACUGUUUUAUGUUGAACAUCUAUUUGUGAAUUUAGGUUCCGCCAAUGUCAGUAAAAUAAUUCAUUCAUUUCCUUUUGCAUUCCCCCCCAGAAGAAUAAUACUAUAUUAAUGGUGAAGUAGUCUUUAUCCCCAGUUACGGUUAUUCGAAUAAUGUUUCGUCAACUACAGAAGCAACCUAGAUACCAAAUUUUCUUACACUUAGGGACACCUUGAAGGUACGUUAUUUCAUCUGCUUUUCUUGCAUGUACGGGAAACUGCAUUUCUUUACGGGGCAUCACAUUUCAUUUUCUUCACUGGAAGAAUAAAAUAUUUUAUCUCCGCUUUACAAGGGCACUUCAUUAUGUGUUCUCACUUGGAAGAGCUCCCAUAGAGUUUUUUUCUACCAGAAAAGCACCCAUAGAGCCAGGGACGUUACUAGACACCCUGAAGCCCCUGAGAAUAUGUUACCCUGCCCCCUUGGCAUCCAUUACAACAACUCUAGACAUUCUCACAAUGGGAUGAACACCCGGCACAGCACUGUCAUUAAGUUUUGUCCACUGACAGGGCAUCUAUUUGGGCACUUCAUGUUUACUCACUGUAGAAGGAAUUUGGAAGUCUAUUAGUUUAAGAGUCUGCCAAAACUUUAUUUCCUUUUCCAAAGCUUUGCGGAACAGGCACUCACCAAUAUUUCACGUGUCUUGUGAUCUGUUCCCCGAACAACAGGUGCUUACAUCUUUUAUAGCCAAAAAUGUGACAGCUUAAGGGAGGGGUCUGGUAUCUUCAGACACCAGUCACUUCAGUGAAGCACAAGGCAUUAUCGGGUACAAACAACUUGACCUUUUCCUUCAAACACGUUGUUUCACUUCUAUAUAUGUACCUUUUAUUUCCCUUUGCCUGAUUCCUGGCUCUGUAAUUAAACAACUUCCUUAUAACUCUUUACCCCCAGUAGCCAUACGUAAAGACGUACUUGUGCAUGUCACAAUGAAUAGGGACGUGUGUCAAUACUCAGCACCCCAGAUCUGAUCUUCUGAAAGCCCCUGCCACCACAGACACUCCACCCACUGUAGACAUGAAUUCUGGUCCAGUAAUUGAUACUAAAAUAAAGGAAAAAUAUAUGAGCGUA